GGUUUUCCAAGUGAUGAAGAUGAGAUUGCCCUGUCAGAUUAUCUGGAACUUGAAGAACUCCCUGAUACAGACGAGCCCGUUUACAUCCUAGGAAAGCAAUAUGACAUUAAAACAGAGAAGAGCGAUUUGCUUUUAGAUGUUACUUCCAAGCUGUGGUUUACAUACAGAAAGAAAUUUUCUCCUAUUGGUGGAACAGGUCCAUCCUCUGAUGCUGGUUGGGGUUGUAUGUUGAGAUGUGGACAGAUGAUGCUAGCUCAAGCCUUAAUUUGCCAGCAUCUAGGCAGAGAAUGGCAAUGGGACAAACAUAAAAAACAACCAGAAGAAUAUUACCAGAUCCUGCAGUGUUUUCUAGACAGAAAAAAUAGCUGUUACUCCAUUCACCAGAUGGCACAGAUGGGUGUAGGAGAAGGAAAGUCUAUAGGUGAAUGGUAUGGGCCAAAUACAGUGGCUCAGGUCCUAAAGAAACUUGCUUUAUUUGAUGAAUGGAAUUCAUUAGCUGUUUAUGUUUCAAUGGAUAACACUGUGGUCAUUGAAGAUAUAAGAAAAAUGUGCCGCUAUCACCCUUACAAUUGGAACACAGCACAAGGCAGUUCUUACACUCACCAAAGUGCUUGGAGCAGAUGUAGAGACACUUCAGAGGAGAGGUCAGCAUGGAGGCCACUUCUGCUCAUUGUCCCUCUGCGCCUAGGAAUCAACCAGAUUAAUCCUGUUUAUAUAGAUGCUUUUAAAGAAUGUUUUAAAAUGCCGCAGUCAUUAGGAGCUUUAGGUGGAAAACCAAACAAUGCCUAUUAUUUCAUAGGUUUUUCAGGGGAUGAACUCAUUUACCUGGAUCCCCACACAACGCAGAACUUUGUGGACACAGAAGAAACUGGGACGGUGCAGGAUCAGACAUAUCACUGCCAAAAAAAUCCUAACAGGAUGAAGAUUUUGAAUCUGGACCCCUCAGUGGCAUUAGGAUUCUUUUGCAAGGAAGAAGCAGAUUUUGACAGUUGGUGUAAAACUGUAGAAAAGGAGAUACUAAAGCAGCAGAGUUUACGGAUGUUUGAACUGGCACCAAAGCACCCUCCUCAUUGGCCUCCUUUUAUACCACCAACAAAGCCAGAGGUGACCACUACAGGCGCAGAGCUCAUCGAGUCUACUGAUAAACUCUUUGAUGUAGAGGAGGAGUUUGAGAUCCUCACAGUGUGA